AUGCAAAAAUGUAUUAAUUUUUCUGUUUUCAUUGUUUUUUUGUUACUUAUAAAUAUUUAUUGUGUAAAAGUAAAAAAUAACAAUUAUAGUUAUGUAAUUAAUAAAAUUUCUAAUUGCAAACAUAAAUACAAGAGGAAAAUAAUAAGAAAAUAUGCAAAAAAAAAAAAAACAAAAGAUGAUUAUGAAGAAUAUUAUAAAGAAUUAGAUAAAAUAUUCAAUGAAUGUGAUUAUGAUGAAAAACAAUUAGAAGAAGAAGAAAAAAAAAGAGAAGAAGAAUUAAAUUCAUUAAGCGAAAAAGACUUACUUGAUAUAAAUUUUUGUAAUUAUGAAAAUGAUCCUAGAAGUUUAGCGAAUUUAGUUAAAGAUAAAAGCAAAGAAGAAAUAGAAAAAGAAAAAUUAGAAGAAGAAGAAAAAAUAAAAAAUAAUGAAAAACUAACAAUGCAAUACAGCUAUGAUUACGAUAGAGUUUUGAAAAAAAAAUUUCUCGAAGAAAAAAUAGAAUACAAAAAAAAAUUUACAUUAAGAGAAAAGGAAGAAAAUUUAGUUGAAAAUGUUGAUAUUAAUUUAAUGAAUGAUUUUUUAAAUAAUUAUAAGAAUGAUUUCCCCAGAUCAUUUUACAAAGGAAAAAGAGAUAAAUAUUUUGGUAGAGAAGAUUUAGUAAAUGAUGGAGAUAAUGAAAAGAUAGAUAGUGAAGAAAAUAAAGAAAUACAUAUAGAUAAAACAAAUAAGGAAGAUAAUAUAAAUGAUGAAAUGUUGAAAGAAAAUUUAGAAAGUAUCAACUUUUUAAAAAAAAUAAAAAAUGAUUUCUACAUUGACAGAGAUAAUUAUAUAAAUGAAUCAGUAAAGGAAAUUAAAAAGGAGUUUAAUGAUAAUGCAAAUACAGAAUAUGUUAAUAGUUAUCCUAAUACAAAUUAUGAUGAACAUGAAAAAUUAGAAAAGAAUAAAGAAUUUGAUGAAUUUGUAAAAGAAAAAAUAAAAAAUAGUGCUACAGAUGAUAAUAUAAAUAAAGUAAUAAUAACCAAAUAUAUACAUAUGUUUCAAGUAGAUGAUGAAAUAAAAGAAAUUAAUGAGAAAAUAAAAAAAGGAGAAAAUGUAAGUACUAUUUUAGAUAUAUUUAAAGAGAGUAAAAGGAUAAAUAUGAUAAAUAUUAUGUAUGCUUUUAUGUAUAUAGAUCGAUUUAAAACUCUAAACAUUAAUGAGUAUUUAUAUGAUAAAAGAUUUGCACAUUUAACUUAUGCAUUAGAAGAAUUAUUAAAAUAUUAUUUAUAUGUACUAAAUGAAAAAAAAAAUAUAAAUGUUAAUCGUAGAACUUUAAUUUUGAAUGACAAAAACAUAAUUUUUUUAAUUAAAUAUAUGAAUCGUCUGAAACUAUUUUACAUUAAUUUGAAUAUAUAUAACUUGCUAAUUUUAAUUUUAUCAAAAUCAUUUCACUUGUUUAAUAUGAAUUCUUUCAUUAUUUUAUUGGCUUAUUUAAAUGAAUAUACCUAUUUUAGUAAUAAUAUACAUAAAAAAAUAAAUAUAUCACUUUUGCAACAUAUUUUUAAUUAUUUUAAAACAUACACAGUUCAUUCAUCAAAUAUUAAUUUUUAUCAUUUCAAAAUAUUACUUCCUUUAUUAAUAAAAUAUAAAUACAUAGAUAAUGAUACAUUUAAAAUGAUAUUCAAUUACUUUCAGAAAGAUAUAAAUAAAAUUUUAGAAUUUUUAAAAGAUGAAAAUAUACCAGAACAAAAAGAAAUUUCAGAUUUAUUAUUUUAUGAUGUAAAAACAAAAGAGCAAAAACAAAAUAAGGAAAAUUAUAUUUCCUAUAUAAAAUAUACGAACAUGAUGAAAAAAAAAGAAUAUUUGAAUUUUUUGUCACAAUUAUUACAUUAUUUAAUGAUAUCGAAAUUUAAUGAAAGAGAUGAAAUAGUUCUCAAAAUAAUAAAUAUAUUUAUUAAUCAUUUUAAUUUUUUCGAUUUAGAAGAAUUAUUGAAUAUUUUAUAUAACUAUGAUCUAUUUAAAAAUUCUAAUAUAGAUAUAAUGAUUUGUUGUAAACAAGAAUUGUUAAGUAAAAAAAGUAUGUUAAAAGAUAAUGAGAUAAAUAAAAUUUUAUCCUUUUUCAUAUAUAAUUACAGAAAAGGAAUAAUUUUUGAAAAUUAUUAUUCUAAUUUUUUUAGAAAUAAAAAGUAUACCAUAUUAAGAACUAAUAAUAAUGACAAAAAUAGUUUAUUUUUAUAUAAAAACAUAAAUAAAAUUCAUUACAAAAACUUUGAACAAGUAGGAAAAUAUAUGAUAAAUCAAUAUGGAAAUAAUAACAUUAUUAGUAAUACUAACGAAACUAUGAAUAGUUACAAUGAUAAUGAAUAUAGUAAUAAAAUAAAAGAAAUUAAAUAUGACUUGGAUAAUGAAAAACAUAUGAACAUCACUAAUAUAGGUAAUUAUAACAAUAGCAAUAAAAAUUUGAAGAGUAAAUUCAUUGAUUCAGAAAAAGAACAAAAAGAACAAAAAGAAGAAGAUAUAAAAACUUUUUUAAAUGAAAAGGAAAAUAUUCAAGAUUCUUAUAAAAAUACAGAUAAUAAACUAAAAGAAGGAAAUAAUGAUAUAAUAAACGAAGUACUAAAAAAAAAAAAAAACAUAAAAUUAUUUAAACAAAAUUCUAUCUUGAACAAAUUAAUUUUUAAGGAUUCUGAGUUUAUUUAUGAUUUAACUCAUGAUAUUCACAUAUAUGUUAAUUUUAGAAAUGUACAUUUACUAAAAUUUGUUUACAAUUUAUAUUUAUUAAGCUUAUUAUUUUAUAAAAAUCCUGAUGUUAUUCGAAUUGUUUCAGAAAUAGCAUAUAACCUUAUAGACACAAAUAUCUUUUCAUUUAUUGAUCAGUAUUCCUAUUAUUUAUAUGAAGAUAUUUAUGUGGUUAUAAAAGCAUUUAAGUAUAUUUCUUUUUUUACAAUAGAUUUAAUAUUUAUAUGGAAAAAGUUCUUUUUUCUUUUACAUCAUUUUAUUAAUUCAUUAAAUUUAGAAAAUAUUUAUGAUAUAUUUUUUUUUAUUAAAAUUGCUAAUAUUACUAAUUUGAAAAAUGAAAACUAUGAUGUUAUAAAAUUAUUAACUAGUAGAAUGAAGCAAAUUUUAGAAAUUCUCCAUAAAUGCAACAUUAAAAAAUUUAAUACAUAUCCUCAUACAUACGUUUUAAAUAUUGUUAACCUUAUAAAAGAAGAUAAUAAUGAAAAUGUUAAGGAGUUUAUUAAUUUUUUCUUUUAUUCGAUUUAUAAAAAGAUAGAAGAAUUAUCAUUAAAAACCAAUUUUUCUACAUAUGAAGAGAACAUAGUAAGUAAAAUAUAUGAAAAUAAAAACGAAGAAGAAGAUAAAAAUGGAAAAGAUAAAAAUAAAAUUGAAGGUAAAGAAGAAGAAGAAGAAGAAGAUAAAAAUGGAAAAGAUGAAAAUAAAAUUGAAGGUAAAGAAGAAGAAGAAGAAGAAGAAGAUGAUAAAAAUAGAAAAAAUAAAAAUAAAAUUGAAGAUAAACAAGAAGAUAAAAUUGUAAAUGAAAGUAUAUAUGAAAAUUUUGAAAAAUUGAAAAAUCAAAGUAAUUUAUCACCCAAAAGUAAUUUUUACAAAUGUGAUGAAGUAUAUAAAAAAGUCAAUAAUUAUAUUUAUAAUUUUAAAGACAUUAGAAUUUUUUUGCGUAUUUUUCUAAAAAAUUACAAAGAGAAUCAAGAAUUAUUUAAUUUGCAAAUUAUUGAUUUUAUCUUAUGGAAUUCUGAAAUGUUUUUUUUAGAGAUGCAUAAAAAUAAAUAUUAUUAUCAUAAUGUUUAUAUAUUUGGUAAAGAGAUGAAUGAAUUUCUAUAUCUUUUAAAAACUGCUAUUAAAAAUAAUUUAUACAACCGCAAUAUUAUGCAUAGAUAUAUUAAAAUAUUUAAAUAUAUAAUAGAUAUUCAAAGCAUUCAUAAUGAUACUCACAAUUUGAAAAAUAAUAUUUAUAAAAAUUUUUUUUCAAAUUUUAGUUACUUGAGUGAUAUAAAUGUUUGGAAAUAUAUUAGAAGGAAAUUUGAAGUUAUUACAUAG